AUGGCAUUGAUGCUUCGUUCGCUUGCGUCGUCGUUUGGGUCUGAGCGGUCUCAGACUUGCAUCGAUGGACUUGCUCUCUCGCGGACGCCCUCUCGCACCGAAGGCGGCAAAGUCAAACGGUCAUCCGAUGGUGUGCGUUCAUCGCCGUAUCCACCUCUGAAGCGCUCGUCGCCCGCAAUUGGAUCGGGGAUGAGCAUGAGUAUGGGAUUGAGCAUGGGAGGGAAACGGCCAUCGAUUGGUCAGCCACUGAAGAGAACGGCAUCGCUCCACGGCGGAGACUCGCUUGCAUCGCUCGAGCAAGCAGCGAAAGAGGCCAAGGAGCAACAGCCCUACCCUAAACACAAGCACAAGUCCCGUCGAGUGAACGGACCGCUCAGACCGGCGCUUUCCCUGGCCAAUACGCUUGUGCUCGAUCCGCUUGUGUGCCCCCCUCCGAUCCCCAUACCUCGGCACCACAUCCCAGUCCAUGUCCCCACUCCACAACCCAAACCCACAAACAUUGUAUUCUCCCAAGUUCGCCGUCGCUCAAGUUUAGCGCCCGAGGCGAGUGCGCCCACAGCGCUUAUCGCACGCACAUCCCAAGUCGCACUGCCCUCGCCUCCCUCGGUCCUCGGAACAAAGAAAAAACGCGAGUCGCUAGCCCAACGUACUAUUCGCAGACAGUUUGAACGUACUCCACGCGGUGCACAGGUCAAAACGCACGGCGCACACGCGGCUAUGCGUAUGAUGAACGAGGCUGAGGAAGAGGCUGCUGUGGCUGCUGUUCUUGUCAUUGACGAAGCAAGUGAUUCCGAGGACGUGUCCAUGGCCGAUUCUUGGGUCGACGUCGGUCCACCGAGCGAGGAGAUGGAGUGGAGUAUUAUCCAAGGCGACGACUAA